AAAUAUACAAAGUAGCACAACACUGUAGAACCACGACUAUCUAGUUUCAGUGAAUUAAUUGAUCAGUAUAAUGUCAGGUCGAAGCCCUCUCGCACCCAUCACGGAUCCGUUCGAGUAUCUUCAGAUCGUCCUCAACCCUGAUGGCACCCUCACACGCAACUUCAACAGCAUCCCCUGUGUUCGGCCAAAACCAAAUGAUCCCCAAGGCCACACUCCAGUCCUUUCCAAAGACGUCCCUAUCAACCCAUCAAACAAAACUUGGGCACGUAUAUUUCUACCCCGUGAGGCGCUGGAUAGCUCUUCCUCGGCAGACAAGUUGCCUCUCGUAGUUUACUACCAUGGUGGAGGGUUCAUUCUCUUGAGUGCAGACAUGGUCAUUUUUCAUGACUCUUGCUCCGACUUGGCCAAGACUGUCCCUGCUGUCGUCGUGUCAGUCAACUACCGCCUCGCUCCUGAACAUCGCCUGCCGGCGGCUUAUGACGAUGGUGUGGAAGCGUUGCGCUGGAUUAAAACAAGUCAAGAAGAGUGGUUGACGGGGUAUGCUGAUCUCUCUAAUUGUUUCCUAAUGGGUUCUAGUGCGGGCGGUAACAUAGCUUACAAUGUAGGCCUACGUGCGGCAGGAUUAGUUCAUGAGCUAGAACCUUUGAAGAUCAAAGGGUUGAUCUUGCAUCAACCAUUCUUCGGUGGAGGCCAGAGGAGUGCGUCAGAGUUGAGGUUGAUGAACGAUCCAGUUUUGCCACCAGUCGUUAGCGAUGUGAUGUGGGAUUUGUCUUUGCCACUUAAUGGCGUUGACCGCGAGCACGAGUAUUGCAAUGCAACGGUGGAUGGCGGGUCAAAGGACUUGGAGAAAAUAAAGUCGCUAGGAUGGAAGGUAUUGGUGAAUGGUUGUGAUGGGGACCCACUCAUCGACCGUCAGAUAGAGCUGUUGAAGUUGAUGGAGGGGAAGGAAAUGCACGUUGUAGGAAAUUUUAGAGUGGGAGGUUUUCACGGAGAAGAGGACUUUGAUCUGUCCAAGGCACAUGUCAUGCACAUGGUCGUAAAAGAUUUGAUUAUGUCUUCAAACCGAUCGCUUAAUUGAUAAACAAAAUAAACCAUUGAAAUAAAAUGAUGGUUCGUAUUUCGUGCUGCGGCAUCUAUGGUGAUUUCGAUGUUUUUCUUCUCCUCAUUUUCUAUUUUAAUUCGCACUAAAUGUCACAGACAGUUGUACAA